UGUCAAACGAUGGAUCUUUUCGGCCUUAUUUCUUGCCCGUUUCGUUUCACUGUGGCCUCCGGCGAGGGACGCUGUGACAGCUGUGCGUUCUGAGACCAGAAUAAUAGAAAAAUCCGAGGGGGAAAAGAACGGUUUCGUCUCGGCAGCCGUCUGGCCUGUCUUCUUACUGACACAGGUGGAUCACCGCUGGAAAACGGCAUCGAAAUGAAGACAUAAUCUUGGACUAUCACAGAGGCGACAGCUUCCACACUUUCCUCUUAAACCGUUGAACGUUUGAGCCACCAUUUGGUUUGAUUUUAUUGAGAAAAGUAGAAGCUGGGCUGUUUGGCGUGUUAGCUAGCUAAUGGGCUAAUUUUGCUAGCCAGUCAGUUAGCAGCUUCUCCGGCCAAUGGCACGAGAGAAGUGGGAUGCUCGAAGGAGGAGUUAACGUUUGUUGCUAGCAUAAAUCCAUCGGAAGCUUUCACUGUCCGUGUUAUAAUUAGUUAACCGCCUUAUAAUGAUAGUUUGAAUUAUAGCUCGGGUUUGAGUAAUAUUGGUGACAGCGUUUCUUCGCGGCACUGGCGGCUCUUCUGCAAAUUAGCUUGCGAUGGAGGUUAGAUAAUCGGCUAAGAGAGCUAAUGUUGACAAACACGGGUGACUUAACGCGUUAAUUCGUGCCGUUUCACUCUGGCUCACGAGCAGCGAUGCUGUCGGACGUUAUAUACGGUUCAGUCCUGGAUCUUUGCGUCGGUGAUUUGCCAGCGUUCAGGCCGACGUGAAGCAUGUCGUCGUCGGAUGUGCUGAGGCUGAAACAUUUGGCAACAACCAGGAAUGGACCUGCCAUGACAGCAAGAGACGUAGUGAGUCAAAACACGCUUACAACAUCACGAUAUUCAGUAAGGAUAAGAAAUUGAUAUGAGUUAUGAGUUUAGGUAACGUCGUUAUUGAAACGUGGAUGGCAACCACUGAAGUUAAAACAACAAAUACGGUGUGUUGCUCUGUUGCUUGACUGACAUUGUUUCUAAACCUACCUAUAUUCUAGUAGUCUACUUUACACUAUUAUUUAUACGCCACAAUGCCUGCCACAAUGUUUUAGUAGUCAGAGGCAGACGAGGCUUGUCGUACUUCCUCACAUUCAUAUCAAGAUUUCAUGGGAGAUGCAUAGUGCCAUUUUAAAAACAUGGCAUUGAAAUUGAAGAACCGGAUCUUUACGACAGCAGUGAGAUAAGACGUCAACACCAGCUUUCGCAAGUCUUCAGAGUGGAACAGCCAAUAUAAAUGGAACCGACAGUCCUGUCUGGCCCUUUGGGGCACACACAGUGGGAGUCAGAACAAGCGUUUCCUCUUGGAUUUCACACACUGGACUCAGACAAUGGAGGUGUGAUCUGUCCAAACACGAGUGGCCAGACAGGUUUGGAUUUCAGAAAUGGCGAGCAGGAUCAAACAGAGUGCAGUGAAGAAGAAAGUAUUUUCCAGGACAAGCCAGUAGAGCUGGACAACCUCAUAAAUAUGUCUGAUUUUUCUUGUGGAGAUUUGCAGUUGGAGGGAGAUCGGUCCACUGUUUCACCGGCUUCUCUCCUUAGUACUCAUAUAGAAGAAUUGUCCCUCACAGAUAAAACUGAGGGACCUGAUGAAAUAAGUGACUGCACAUUGUCCUGGUUGUUUUCCCCCAAACUUGCUGAUGUGGUUGGGAACAACUCUGCCUGUGAGGAACUGAAUCUGACUCUUGAAAGUUCAAAUGCCCUCAGCAGUCAGGCUGAGCUAAUAAGCAUCAGUGUACCGGUCUCUCCUUCAAAGAUUUCCGAGACCAACACGGGGGAUCCAUUUUUGUUGAUAGAUAUCCUCUCAAAUGAAAACUCUUGUCUCCCCCCACAGUCCUCAGGUGAGUUGAACCCACAGGGUGUCAGUGAUGAGCUGGUAGACCUGUCACAAGAGGAGCAGGCAGGUCCCCCUCCCUCACAGAGCAGGGAGACUGAAACUGGAGACAAAGGUUUAUUCCCUGAUCAAGUGACUGAUCUGCCUGUAACCUGCAGCACUACCCUGCAGGGUUUACCUGAGAACUGCCUCCCGCAUAACCACAUCAGCACGCCACUGGAGUGUUUCGAAGGAUCUGUGCCUUUGUUGGAUUUAGAGGUUCCAGAUUGUGACAGCAGUCUGAGCCUGUGCCCUGCCAGUCCUCCCUCUGUUAUCUGCACAGGUGCGCCAUUAGAUUUAUCAACAGUGGAGUUGGAGGUGGAACAUGCAGCAGCCACUGUAAUUACAAAUCUGACUUCAGAGCAUAAAGGUGAGAAUGACUCAUUUGCUCUGGGUUUGUCAGCAGAACCUUCACCACUGACGGUGCCUCUGGCUGAAGAUGCCUUCACCCAGGGUGAGUUCACCAGUGAGAUUUACUCUGUGGAAAAUGAGUCUAAGGAUUUGAUGGAAGACAAGAUUAGCUCUGAAGCGAAAACUCAGGAGAAUGAGGCAAUGGCUUUGGAUCUGUGCUUGGCUGCUGAUGAGGUCCAUGAAGAGGAAACUUGGGACUUGAAACCACAGGAGGAUGUACAGAACACAAGCGUUGCCGAUCCGAUAGCUGAACAGAGGGGAGACGAGAGGUUGAUGGACGCUAACCAACUCGAAGGAUCAGGCUGUCAUGAAGUGGCUCCUUUUGGUUUUUCAGUUCAGGACCUACAUACUCCUUCUCCUGAGGCUGGAUGGACUAGUGAGCAAACCGUGGAGACAAUUUCCCUCUCUAAGAUGGUGGUAGAUGACUCACUGCCAUUGGUCUCUGCUGUGAAUACGAGGGAGGAAGAUGCCUCCCCACUAAAAGCUGUGUUCGAUGCUUUAGACCAAGAUGGGGACGGCUUCGUUCGUAUCGAGGAGUUUAUGGAGUUUGCUGCUGCCUAUGGGGCCGAUCAGGUGAAGGAUCUGACCAAGUUUUUGGAUCCCAGUGGCCUGGGAGUUAUAAGCUUUGAAGACUUCCACCGUGGAAUCUCUGCGAUCAGCAAUGGAGGUCCAGAGCCACAGCUCUACAGUGUGAACUACAGUCCAGGGGAUGGAGCUGUGGGCUGUCCAGAGGAGUAUGAUGAGCAAAAUGAGGUGACUGACAGUGCGUACCUGGGCUCCGAGAGCACUUACAGUGAAUGUGAGACGUUCACAGAUGAGGACACGGGGGCCCUGGUACCGCCCGAGAUGCAUGAGGAUGUGGAGACGGACAGCGGCAUUGAGGCCACACUGCACGACCCUGAAGAUGGCGGAAACAGGUUUUCCCUGAACUCCGAGCUCCACAACCACCAACCCAGCUUGGCGACAGUAAUUGGUGGAGAGGAGGAGCACUUCGAGGACUUUGGGGAGAGUAAUACUUCAGAGUUGCUCCUGGAGAGCAGCGUGGAGGGGACGAACUCCCCUCUCGUGCAGCCCCCUGAGCAGGUCAAUGGCUCCUCACUGCUCUCACCCAGUGCACCUGCUCCUCUCCCUGACUGCUUUCAGAGCUUCCUCAGGGAGGAGGCGCUGGACUUUUUCUGUAGCCAGUGUCACAAACAAAUAAGUCGUCUCGAGGACCUCUCCACUCGCCUCAAUUUCCUAGAGAUGACUAGCGCUGGCAAGAGGCUGUCCAGCAAGAAAGUAGCAAGACACCUCCUCCAGAACAGCUCCAUGACUCUGGAUACUAUGAGCGACUUAACGCGGGACAUCCUGGAGCUCGCUGACAACGACAUCACAGACAAGGUGCUCCUCCUUGAGCGUCGAGUGGCGGAGCUGGAAAAAGAGUCAGAGGCAUCAGGGGAGCAGCAUACGCGGCUGCGCCAGGAGAACCUCCAGCUGGUGCACCGGGCCAAUGCCUUGGAGGAGCAGCUGAAGGAGCAGGAGCUCCAAGCCGACGAGCAGCUACAGCAAGAGACUCGCCGUCACAAGGACGCCCUGAUCAAGCUGGAGAGGGAGAGGGGGCUGGAGCUGGAAAACCUGCAGGCCAGGCUGCAGCAGCUGGAUGAGGAGAACAGCGAGCUGAGGUCAUGUGUCCCUUGUCUUCGAGCAAACAUCGAGAGACUAGAGGAGGAAAAGAGGAAGCUGCAGGACGAGACAGAGUCCAUGACGGACAGGCUGCAGGACGAGACGGAGUCCCGCAGGAAGAUGGCUGACAAGUUGAGCCACGAGCACCACCAGAGUCUGAAGGAGAAGGAGUGCACUCAGGAGCUCAUCGAAGACUUGCGUAAACAGCUCGAGCAUCUACAGCUGUACAAGCUGGAGGCCGAAGCAAAGAGAGGGCGCACACCCGGAGCGGGGCUGCAAGAAUAUCAGACCCGCACCCGCGAAGCCGAGCUGGAGCAAGAGAUCAGACGGCUCAAACAGGACAACCGUAGCCUGAAGGAGCAGAAUGACGAGUUGAACGGCCAGAUCAUCAACCUGAGCAUCCAGGGAGCCAAGAACUUGAUGUCGGCCUCCUUCUCCGACUCGCUGGCAGCGGAGAUCAACUCCGUGUCUCGCACAGAGUUGAUGGAGGCUAUCCACAAACAGGAGGAGAUCAACUACAGGCUCCAGGACUACAUUGACAAAAUCAUCGUGGCCAUCAUGGAGUCCAACCCCUCCAUCCUAGAGGUCAAAUAGACAUGAUGCAGCCACACACGGUGACUCCUCAGGCUGUUAAAAAUACCGAUAGAGGAUGUAAAAAAAAUAUUCUGACGUCAUUUUGGUAGGAAAACAGCAACGCACUCGACUCCCCUCCCCCAGAAAAGAAGAAUUUGAGAUUUCUAAGAAGUCCAUGGCUAAGCAGUUUUCCCUUAGAUAUCCCUUGAGUCUGUGCUCGUCUGUGAGUGUAUGUGUUAACCCUCCUGUGUGAGUACACUUGGGUUCUGGUGACUUCCAUCUUUUUGGCCAGAGGGACCCAAGUGCCCCCCCCCCCCCCCUUUCUCGUGAGUGAACGUGCACAAGAGGUCGGUAUCACAAAGAGUAGAAAAACUUCCCGUCCCUUUCCGGAAGCAAAGUGUCAGUGUUUGACCGAGCUACGACAAACGAUCGGACAAUUACACAGUACCGAAAGGCCUUAAAUGGAAGGUGAUCAAAGGUAUUCAUUAAUUCUAGGUACCGUACAUGCCUCUGUUCAGUCAGUGGAGUGUUGCUGGGACGGCGGUGGUGCGUAUGUCGGGCUGUGAUCUCCCGAACCAGGCUGAAACGUGUUUUCGUCGCCGUAUGAAGCGCGGGUCGGGAGAUCAGAGUGGCGACUUCUCUUUUCACUUUGUGUUUUAGUGCGUUUAGAGCUUGCUGUGCUGCCUACCAGUCCCCGUAGCAGUGUGCUCUGUCCUUUACCCGACUGUCUUUCCAGUGAACCCAAGUGAGGGACGUUUCUCGGGGUCCAGGAUGAGAAAUGCCCGGAGGGUUUCGUGUGUGUUUAUGUGUAUGUAGUGUUUGACCUUUUUCUUUCUUUCUUUUUUUCUCUCCGUGUUACAUUAACGUUUUCAAAAACGCUCGGUGACACUAGGAGAAGUAAUAUAAGCUUCGGCGUCCCAAAUGAAGGAACUGGGUGGUUCUGAUUUGCCUCAUCUCUUUUUUUUAUUUAAUUUUUUUUUUCUUACAAUGAAACAGGGUCCCUGGAGCUCAGGUGGACUGGAAACCUCCAAAAACACUACAUUUCCCAUCACUCCCUGGCACAAAUAUUAGAUAACUGAAACAUAUCUCACGAAGUGUAGACCGGGUGCUGUAACUGAUCACAUUUAACCUGCUCGUGCUCACAGGCUCACUUUGUAAACUCUCCAAACACUUGAACUAAGCAUGAAGGGAAACUGAGGAGUGAUCCUGGGAAUCGGAGUGUAGUGUUUUUGAAGCACAGCCCACCUGAGCCCAGUGUUCUCUUGCUGAGUGAAAGUGAUGGGGAGCAAAUUAAUCCAGGUAACAGACCCCCCCCCCCCUCUUUUUUUUUUUUUGUUGU